GCACCUGAGACAGACACAUACACUUUUGGUACACAUAAUAUGACUUGGAACGCGACAAACGUGGGCCUUACAGCAUACUCGCCAUGUCCAGAGGGAUUUGAUGGAGUGGUUUCACGCAAAUUUGGAACAAAUUAAUGAUGGAUUUCAAAAUGUGUCAAACGAAGAAAUCCUUGAAAUAUUUUCGAAUACGAUAGAUUCUCUGAACAACCAGUCGUCUUUGAUAGCAGGAGAUAUUAACAGUGGAGUUAUUAUCCUUGAGAAAUCCACUGAUAUUUUCUCAUCGCAAAACCGCAAUAUUUCAUUUGCAGAAACAGAGGCUUUCCUAUCAGCUGCAAAUAGCUUAUUGUCAAGUCAAACAGCAACAGAUUUGUGGCAAGAGGUUGGAGAUAAUGACGCUGCUAAAGUAUUGAACAUAACAUCAACAUUUGCUGGUGUCACAUUUGAAUCACAUCAAAACAAUACACCAUUGAAAAUUUCAAAACCGUCUAUAGAUGUAGAAAUUAACAAAUACAACGAAGGAGACAUCGCUUUCCGAUUGUUUGAUCAAACACGUGGUAAGGACGACCGUCUUUUCUUAGCAAAGGAGAGUUUGAGAGAAGAUGCAAAUACAACAGGAUACAUUGCGAUUCAUUAUAGUACAAUAGCACAGUUAUUGCCAAGAAAAACAAGUGUCAAUAAUCAGGACAUUACAGUACUUACGUCAGUUCUGUCCCUUACAAUACCAGGGCUCAACCAGACGCGUUUGAACCCACCAUUACAUUUAUUCUUCAGAAAUGAUCAGAAUCACGACAAAGCAGUAAGAUGUUCCUAUUGGGACUACACGUUAAAGAAGACUGGUUUCUGGUCAUCAAGCGGAUUAAAGACUGUUCACCAGAAUAGUACCUAUACAGAAUGUACAAGUACUCAUUUGACCAACUUUGCUGUUCUGUUGAGUUUAUAUGAAAUACCAGAAAAUCAUAACGAGGUUCUUGCUGUUAUUACGCAAAUUGGUUGUUCGAUAUCCAUUGCUGCUCUUGUCCUUUUGUUAAUAAUAUACUUUAUUGAGUGGAGACUUCUACCAUCUGACAAAUCCAAAAUUCUAGUUACAAUGGCUGCAGUUUUCCUCCUCGCGUAUGUGGUAUUUUUAGCUGGAAUAGAGGGAACAGAGAAUAAGGUAGCAUGCAAAGUAGUCGCCAUUGUCCUUCAUUUCCUAUUUUUAGUGGGUAUACAUAUGAUGGUUGCAGAAGGCAUUGUGCACGGGAAAAUGCUUGCCACAGUAUCAACCGAACAGCGUUCAAUAUCACCGAUUCUAAUUCCAAUUGGUUGGGGAAUACCAGUGCUCAUUGUUGCUAUAUCGAUGGCAAUAACAAAACUAGAAGGAUACGGCGAUGGAAAAUAUUGUUGGUUAUCAACAAGUAAUGGUCUAAUUUGGGCGUUUUUCGUCCCCUGUGCAGUAGCAGUUGUUACCAACUUUGUGAUCUUUGUAUUCGUUGUGAAGAAGCUUUUCUCUAUACAAGUUGUAAAAAAGAAAACAAAACUACAGCAAUUCAUAAGUGGAUUGCGAUGUUUUUCAGUGUUAGCACCCCUUUUUGGGUUAACAUGGACUCUAGGAUUCUUCUCUUUAAAUGAAGAUACAAUCGUUUUUAGUUAUUUAUUUGUUAUCAUCAAUUCAUUACAGGGAUUACUGAUAUUCAUUGUACAUGGAUUAUUAAACCCUAAAAUUCAAAGUUCAUGGAAACGGAAAUUAUCUGUAUUUCGAAAGAAGGGACACUUCUCAACUACAACCAAAACAACUGAAGAAAUCACGUGUGACAACAUUACAGCUGUUGCAUGGAAAGAAGGUCAUUCAAGUAUAGAAGAUACUAAGACUGAAUCAUGACAGAACAACACAGCUUUAACUUCUUGCACGAUGUUAUUUAUUAUAGAAUUUUAUGAUAUUACUAUUUUGGAAUACGGAAU